AUGGCGUUUGCUCUCACCGUUCUCUUCCUUGGGCGUGAAUUUCCCAAACCCACCGUCUGGGUGAGCCCCAGCAGGGUGGUGGCGCUCGGGGGAAGCAUCACCAUCCGCUGUGAGGGUUUGUACCCGGACAUGGAGUUUUUUCUGCGUAAAGCUGGACACCUGAACCUGCAGGCGCAGUCGGUGCCUGAUGGGACCGUGGCUGAAUUUCCCAUCCCCAGUGUCAGCCGGGAAGAUGGAGGGAGCUACACCUGCGACUAUCGCGCCAUAACGGAUCAGAAUCGCUGGUCGUAUCCCAGCGACCCCGUCAGGAUCAUUGUAGGAGAGCCCAGCUGCCCCAAACCCAACAUCGCCCUGAGACCCAGCGGGGGGGUCUCCCUGGGGGGAGCUGUGACCGUCUGGUGUCGGGGGCAGCGCUGGGGCGUGCGAUUCGUGCUGAAUAAAGAGGGACGCCAUUUCCCAUCUGUGGAUUUGGACGGGUUUGGGGCUGUGUUCCCCAUCAGCAACGUGAGCCGGGAGCACAGCGGGAGCUACAGCUGCUCCUAUCACAGCCGAUCGGAGCCGUUCGCCGUGUCGUACCCCAGCGACCCCGUGGAGCUGGUGGUGAGAGAGGGCUCCCUCCCCAAACCCUCCAUCUCCGUCAGCCCCGGUGGGGUGAUCCCCGUGGGGGGAAAUGUCAUCAUCCGGUGUCGGCAUCAGCGCCUGGGCCUGAGGUUCCUCCUCUACAAGGAUGGAGACGGGAACCAUCUGACUUACACAGACCCUGCUGGCUCUGAGGCUGAAUUUCUCAUCACCAGCGCCAGACGGGAACAGAGCGGAAACUACACCUGUCGUUAUAGCAACAGAACAGGACCAGCUGCCUACUCGGAGCCCAGCGCCCCUGUGCAGAUCAUUGUAGCAGGUGGAUCGGAAUCGCCGGCAACUCCAGUUCUGACCAACCCCAUCAUCGCCGGGGUGAGUGCGGCAGCUGCUGGCUUCCUCCUCCCCGUGGCCUUCGUCUGCUUCAGAAUAACCCGAGCCAGAAAAGGAGCCGCACAGAGACCGAGCAGCCCUUUGGGGGUGUUGAAGGCCCCGGAUCAGCAAGACCCCGUCUACUCCUCCAUCGACGAAGGGAAACAGCCGCCGACCCUGGAGCCUGACCCUGGUGCCGAGGGACUCACCUACGCCGAGUUGGACCACCAGGUGCUGCAGGCCAAGCAGGGGGCCCCAGCCCCUGCCCCCGAGCCCAUCCUGUACACCGCCAUCAACUACCUCACUACCCUGGAUCUUACCAAAGGCUACUGGCAGGUGCCUUUGGACCCGGAGGCCAGGGCGAAGUCUGCCUUCACCACCCCAGUAGGGCUCUUCGAGUUCCUGGUCCUGCCUUUCGGCCUCAAGGGGGCACCUGCCACCUUCCAGCGCCUGGUGGAUCAGUUGCUAAGGGGGAUGGAGGACUUUGCUCUGGCGUAUAUUGAGGGGGCCCACGGCGAGAAACAGGCGUGCUAA